UUGGGCGGGACGACGGAGGACGCGCGGCGCUGAUUGGUCGGACCUGCGUGGUGGGCGGGGUCGGUGUCGGGGCUGACAAGAUGGCGGCGGAGCCGGUGGAGCUGCACAAGCUGAAGCUGGUCGAGCUGAAGCAGGAGUGCCUGGCCCGGGGGCUGGAAGCCAAAGGCAACAAGCAGGACCUGAUCCAUCGGCUCCAGGCCUACCUGGAGGAGCACGCUGAAGAAGAGCCCAACGAGGAGGACGUGCUGGGAGAGGAGAUCGAGGAGGAGGAGCCAAAGGCACCGGAGCCGCCCGUGAAGGUGGAGGAGGCGCCGGUGAAGUCGCCUGACGUAAUCCAGGAGAAGAAGGUGGUGAAAAUCUCCUCGGAAAUCUCCCAGAUGGAGAGGAUGCAGAAAAGGGCCGAGAGGUUCAACGUCCCCGUCAGCCUGGAGAGCAAAAAGGCAGCGAGGGCGGCGCGGUUCGGAUUGGCCACAAUUCCCACAAAAGGGCUCUCAGCAGACUCCAAACCCACGAUAAACUUGGAGAAGCUCAAGGAAAGGGCCCAGAGGUUCGGCCUCAAUGUCUCCUCCCUUUCCAAGAAGAGUGAGGAGGAUGAGAAGCUGAAGAAGAGGAAGGAAAGGUUUGGGAUCGUCACCGGAGCCGGAGCUGCCGAGGAUUCCGAGGCAAAGAAGCGGAAAAGGGCGGAAAGGUUCGGGAUCGUCUGAGCCCCUCCGGAGCUCCACACUGUCCUCAGGUGGGCGUUGCCUGAACCCUUCCUCUGUUGAAGACCUGAGCUCCCAGGAUUUGGAAUUCCCAGCGGGAAUUUUGGGAACCUCAUCCCGGAGUGUUGGGAGCAGCGGGGCCGGGGCCAUUCCCGGAAUUCUGGGGUCAUUCCCGGGCCAAGAGAAAAUUCUAUUUUUUUGGGAAUUCUCCUCCUUUUCCGUGAGCAUUUCCCUCCCACCUGUGGGAACCUCAGAGACACCGGGCAAUUCCCAGGAUGCUUCUUCUCACCCUGAAAAUCCUCAGGAUCCCUGGACAUCCUCUGGAUCCAGGGCCAUCCCCGUGUCCCAGUGCCUCCCUGGCUCCUUGCUCAUUCCCGUGUUUUCCUGUUUUUCCCAGUUUUUUCCCCAGUUUUUAUCGUGGCAUUCCAGCCGCUGCCAGGUUUUGUAUUCCUGGGGUUUUUUUCUAUUUUCCCGGUUUUUCCCUCGGAAGGGUUUGGCGCUGCUUCUCAUCCCAGAUUUCCCAAUAAAAAACUUCCCUUUUCCAA